AUGCGCGAGUUCAUGAACUACAUCACCAAUGCCUUCUACGGCGCAACGGGGUGGAACGAAGACAACAAGUACAACGAGCUGAAUGCGACAUCUAGAGGUGCGAUCCUAACAGUGUCGGUGGACCUCCUGCAUUGGUACCUGGAGACUAAUACAAAGACUCAUGAACUAGAACUUAUCGACUUUCCUCUUCCCCGUGGCUUGCGCCUGACCCUUUCCUCGCUCGCAACACCCCAUUUUGCGACAAGCUACCAACUCGGCAGUGUUGGCGUCGUCGACGGCUCUAUAUCAUACCUACAUAGCUCCAUUCCCCUGACCCAUAUUGCCGCCCAGUCCGACAAGAUCCCGCUUCCCGCUCUCCUACGAUGUUACCGCCGUCUACACGACCUUCGCUCGCCCGGCCAACAACACUACAUACUCGAUGCCGACCCGUUGUCCGGACUGCCGCCAUCACCACAAAGCGCACGAGCACUACUAGGCGCAGCAUCUGACGCCGCUGUGGCUGGUGGGGCGCUGGAUGGAGGGAGUACAGAUCAGGAUCUAGGCAUAUACACACACUCUCUUCUAUACGGCCGUCUGUAUCUGCCCAAAUCACUGCUCGAGGGUAUGAUUAUCAAGCGCUUUACCCAGGCGCUUCAGCUCCAAGUAAGAGCCGUCAGUGAGCAGUCCUUAAGGAAUGGCGGGACCAUCCUGGGCUUGGUGCAGUAUGACAAGGGCAAGUAUGGUCUCGAAGGUCUUUACUCGACCGACGGUGGUCUGCUGGGUUUUCGUGGUCUUUAUAACUUUGGCGGCGACGCCUCUUCCUCGACCUGUGAUCCCUGGACACCUACGCCAGGAGAGAACAACAACAACAACAAUAACAACAACAAUAACAACGGAAAUGCCCAGGCCGGCGAGAAGGAGCGCAUCUACGGUCGCUUCAGCGUCGGCGGAGAGCUCUACUACGGAACCCUCAACAAAUCCGGCGGCAUGUCGCUUGGCGCACGUUUUGCCACCCUACCAGCACACCGUGGGACACCCCUCACCGCAACCCUAACCAUAAACCCACUUAUGGGCAACAUCAAUGCCACAAAGAACGACGAGUACAAGGGGGUCCUAAAAGCUCGCCUUGACAACAACCUUCGCAUGGGGUUGCUGUGGGAAGGAAGAGCCAAGUCCCUUAUUUUCAGUAUAGGAACGGGGAUCGAUCUGCAUAAAUUGGGUGAGCCCUUUAGGAGCCUUGGCCUUGAGGUUCAGUACUCCUCUUGA